UAAGGUUACGUCUAACAUUGCACGUCCGACGUGCCCGUCGAUGUGGUGUUGUUUGUUUGUUGUGAUGUGUUUGGAGUCCGUGGAAAAAACUUGAACCCACCGUGCAAGCAUGAACGGGAAGACUAGGUCACGCCCACGGCCUAGACGGCGGGACGAUCUGCAUGAAAAGAAACAGGACUUGCUGCUUGCGUGGAGCGACGAAGUGUGCAAUAGCGAGGAGGUGCCCGAGGUAGAAAUCGUUAGUCUUCUGCAAGAACAUAUACCGAAGUAUCGCCUUCGAGCCGACAGUCUCACUCAAUUUGGAGGCUACGAGAACCAGGACUGGUUCAUCCCAUCGCCGGCGUUGCCAGUCAGCGACAACGACCUAGCACUCACUCCCGAUCAGAUCAGGGAGACGCUUAAUUAUUUCCUUCUAUGCAGCAACAGGGUGAGCCAAAUGACAAAAACCUACAAUGACAUCGAAGCAGUAACACGGCUCUUGGAAGAAAAAGAGAAAGAUUUAGAGUUGACGGCCCGCAUCGGGAAGGAGUUGCUGGCCACAAAUGGCGUAUUAGAAGCGCGGGUCAACUCUCUCGAAGGCGAGCUGCGGAGCGCCAGAGACCACAUCACACAGCUGAGGCACGACCUCACUGCAAAGACUGAUUUACUGCAGAUUCUAACCAAUGAUACAGAGGAGGGCUCGACCCCGUCUGAGCAGGAAGCGGCUCAGGAGGCGGCGCUGCGCAAGCGCACAGGUGCGCUGGAGCGGGAAAACCGCGCUCUGCGCGACGAAGCCGCGCGGCUUGCCGCCGGCGCCGACCAGUGCGAGCUGGCCGAGCGGCAGCUGCUGCGGGACAUCGCGCAACAACUCGCAAGUGCUAACUCGGAGGCUGGUGUGCUGGGCUCGGAGUUGGCGGAGGAGCGACAGCGGGCUGCGGAAUUACAACAGCAAUAUGACUCCGUCAAUGCGAGGCUCGCUGCUACGGAGAAAAAUCUACAACAGAUAACUGCGGAGCACCAGCAGACGUUGCGGAUAUUAGACAUAACUAGAGAUAACCAAAAUGCAUUGGCGGCGGAGUUGGCGGAUACGAAGGAGCGGUACAUGGAGGUGGCUGCUCAUCUUGCCGAAGCUCAAGAGCAGCUCCGGCAGCUUCGCAAACGAACCGAGCCGACGCGCGGCCUCAUGCCCAGCGUGGCGGCCGCGGCCGGCCUCCUCCCUGCCAGCUUACAUCGAGAGAUGCACUCCUCCAUCUACUCAGAACUUAGUAUGGACUCCGGCAUCGGCAUCGGGAGCGACCCAAUGCAACAAUCGAGCAUGGCGAAAGUGUUCGAGACGGUGCAGUGCGCGUCAAGGUGGUCCGGCGCGUCGAUAGCCGGAUCCGACCAGCCGGACGCGCCGCUGCCGCGGUCGUCCUACCUCCUCCCCAAGCCCAAGCUGUCCAGCGACUCCUUCUUCGAAGACUCGGACACGGACUCGGACGAACUCUACCCUGGCGGCACCGGCGAAGGUGUACCGGGAGCGCCGGGCGCAGCCGAGCUGGCAGCGGCGCUGCGAAGGCUCACACCACAAGAGAUCAACUCUCGACGUGCUUCUUUGGCUGCCUCACACGUGCUAAGGCAUCGACGUAGCACAGAGCGUGACCUAAGCGAAGAAAGCGCAGUAUGGGGUGCAGGCGCGGCGGGUGGUUUGGCCCGUUUCCGCGCUCCACACAAGCUGCAGAUCGUCAAGCCUAUGGAGGGCUCGCUCACCUUACACACGUGGGCGCAGCUCGCCAAGCCGACCAUGUCAGGGUUACUAGAGGAGCAGGAGGGUGUCGGAGUGCGCGGCUCCCGCUCAGCGCAGGCCCUAGGGCUGCGGCUGUACCGGCUGUCCGACGUGGAGGAGGACGACGACAUGCCGCGCCUGCCGCACUCCAGCCAUGUCUACACCUUUACCAACAGCACGGUGAUGCACCCGAACGACGGCAGCCUGGUGAGCAGCACGCGCGGCAGCAGCGUCAGCUCGGGCAUGAGCAGCCUGAGCUCGUCCGUGCUCGGCAGCGCGUGGAGCUCGCGGCUCACGUCGCGGCGCUCGUCCGCCGCCGUGUCGCCGGUGCUGUCGCGGCGCGAGUCCUUCUGCGAGCGGGUCGUCGAGCGACAUUUUACGCCUACAGCCACGCCCGCUAAUAGCCCGCUGCUCGGCUCGCCGGAUUCUUCGCCGCCUGCUACGCCCAGGCCCGGCGACGCUCCCCCCUCGCUGCACGCGUUGAUCGCGUCGGGCACGUCGAUCCUGCGGCGGCGCUACCUGGCGUCGCCCGCCGCCGACGGGUCGCCCGCGCCGCUCGCGCUGCAGACCCCCGGCUCGCUGUACACGGGGCUGGUGCACCGCAGCCCCAUGGAGCAGCUCACCUGCCUCAAGCGCACGCUGCGCUCGCCCGCCGCGCCCGAGCGGCAGGAGUCCGUGCUGGGCGUGCCCGCGCACCCCGGCGAGGGCGCCCUGGACGCGGCCGGCGCGAGCGCUGCGGCGCCCGGCAGAAGAACGCGCCCUCGAGCCCCCCGGCCGCGCACGGACCUGGGCACGGUGGCCGCGCCCCCGGCGCCCAAGCCGCCGCCGCUGGAGAGAAACUCCUCCCCGCUCGGCACGCUCAGCACGCUCCUGUUCGGCAGGAAAGGCGGCCUUCUAUAAUUCGCGCCGUGAUCGCGUUUUGUUCCUUCGGUCCGUAGGCCUGCGGGACCCGGAUGUGCGGAAUAUCGAACGAGAUUGUAAUCGAGUUUAAUUGUCAGAUUGUUUCUACGAAAUCUUAACUCUAACGAUUAUGAUAGGGUCGUCUGCGCUUUUGUUUCGUAUCGCUCCGAUAGCGACCGUGCUCUUUUUUAGCUGAUUUAUUUUGAAUAAUUUGUGAACGUAACGUUCGCCUUGAUAGAUAAUGUUUUACGUUUUGAUAUCCUAUUAUGUUAUUUGUGUAUAGUCGUUUUACCUUUGACGUGUAUUUUUUGUAGCGAAUUAUUUAACUGUAGUGAGCAGCUUUGUGCAUUUAUAAAAUGUUUUUUUUUUGGGAUUCGAACUUGAGAUCUUUUUUUUUGUAGUCUGAAUUGAGUUUGAUUAAUGGCAUUUUUCUGUCUCUGUUCCCCUCUCUAUAAAACAUUCCUUUAAAACAGCUCAAGUGUUUAUUACGCUUUGUGUUAAAAAGAGAGAAAUGUCAUGAGGACCAGGCGUGCACUUAAAUAAUUUCAUUGAUAAAAGAACGAAUCAUAAAUGUACACAGUUAAAGGUUAAUAUAGUGCAGCUAUUUAGAGAGUCAAACAUAUGCUAUUUAUUCCCCUAGUUACCGAGAAAUGUAAAACAGCCGAGCAACGUCAACUAGUUUAACUGUGUUAAUAGGUACACUAUAAUCAGAGUUGGGCAAAAUGUAAUCGAUUGACGAUUAACGAUUAAAAUUAACCGACUUAAUCGCGAGCAACGAUUAAAAGUGACGAUUAAUUAAUUUUAGUCGAAAAGCUCCGACUAAUAUUGUCACGAUUAAAUUAAUCGUCGACUAAUUACCGGCGAUUAAUUUUUUUAAUCGAUGAAUUAGUUCGAUUAAUUUUCUCUCGAUUAAUUUUAGCAAUACAUAUGGUCUUUUUAACCGACUUAAAAAAAAGGACGAGGUGCCUAAUUCGUCUGAAACAUUUAUAAAUAAUAUAAGUAACAGACGAAUUUUUAUGUAUGUUCACUUGGAGACUAUUAAUUUCGACCGUCUUCGAUAGGAUAGUAUCCGUUCGAUGUAAGUAGUAAGUAAUUACUGCAUUGACAAGUUGAAACCUUAUAGAAAACAACUGAGAAGUAAUGUGUUUGCUCUUUCAUACACAUACGUCGUUCUCUUUCUAAUUUUUAUACCUGCGCUACAAGCCCUAAACCCUUACCUAGAGAUGCCGCGCUAAGUUAUCCGCAUUAUUAUAGUAACCAAUGUAACCAUCUUAUACUAUUGAAGCACAUUUAUAACACUGGAAUGGUUUUUAAUGUGUACGCAAGAAGUUUUGAUUUUUAGUUACAUACAAAAAUGACCACCAGUGUCCUGUCUACUUUCAAUCGAGAGUUAAUCGAGAAAUUUAAUCGAUUAAUAUUAAGAUUAAUUCAAUUUCAAUCGUAUGUUAGGUCGACUAAAUUAAUCGCGAUUAAAUUAAUCGCCGAUUAAUUUUGACGAUUAACUUUUUUAAUCGAUUGAUUAGUCGAUUAAAAAGUUAAUCGAUUAAUGCCCAUCUCUGACUAUAAUAUCUUCAACUGCAUACAAGUACGUAUUUAUGGUUCUUUUAUCAAUGAUGUGUAGAUGAUUGUAUACCAAAAUAAUAAUAGUUAAGCGUGAAAUGAAACGAUUAAAUUAUAUUAGGGGCGUUAACGGAUAACUCGAUUAAUUGCAGUUCCUUCUUUGUUAACGAGACCCCGCCACGAACAGUGUAUUAUUUUAUUUUGGUUGUGUUAUUUAUUGAUUAGUAAUCUGAGACUUAACUCUAGAAUUAACGUAGACGCUUUGUCAAGAAGUAGUUAUUGAAGUGGUCGUAUUACGAUAAUAAUUAUCGCGCUUAUCAUUAUAUAAUUUCUGUAAUUGAUAAAUCAUAAUGUAUCAUUGUAAAUAUGUAAUCAAACUUCCAUUUAAGUAGGAGAGUACAAAUUUAUUUAUGUUUUGUAAAUCGAAACCUAGUAAUAUGUAUCAUAGAAACAGUCAUAUUUUGAGGCUCAUCAUAGCAAUGGCCACCCAUUUGUACCUUUCAGUUUCACUGCAGAUCCUUUGGUUGAUUGUAAAUAUGUAUGUUUAAUUUAUUUUCUCAGUGAUGACGAGCUGACGGCCACGUCAAUUCAUUUAGUUGCUUUAAUUAAAGUUAAUUAGUGGGUAAACAUUUGUUACUACUAACUUAGGGUCUGAGUAAAAUAAUGGUGCAUGCCAUAGUGUAAGUAGUAUUGAAUUCAUAAUAGUGGAGGUGAAUCAGCAAAUACAAGAGUGAAAGUUAAUCAGUUACAGAACUUAAAUAGCUGUCUUCAUUUGCCGUCUUUUAGUUAAAUGAAUAAUCAGUGAUUAACUUUAGGUUCUGAAAUUGGUGCUAUAUAGUUUUUAAUGUUAUUAUUGAUUUGUUUAUUUUCAAAUCAACGUGAUCAGGUAUCGUAAAUUUACAGAAUUAUAAUAAUUUCUAACCAGAUUGGUAUUGUGUUGUUUUUGUAGCGCGUCUAUUGAUUUUUGAUUUGGCGUCGUGUCAGCAUGUGUCUUGAACUUGAACCAUCUGUGAAGUGGUGAGGUGAGGCUGCGAGGCGAGCGAGUGUGAGUCGAUUACGAUUGAUUCCCGAGUGAGAGAGUACCCGAGCCUUAGGCACAAAUAAACUGUAGAAUAAGGGUAAUUUGUUGAGAUUUGACAUCAAAAAUUAUAAUUAUUGUAUUAUAAUUACAGGAAUAUAAUUUAUUCGAAGAUAA